AAAAGCAUAUCCUUCUCUUAUCUUCAUGAUCUUGACCCAUCUCUUCCUCAACUAUUCUUCUCCGCAUCUUCUCUUUUAGUUAAGCAAACCCAACAUCAUCAUCGUCAUCUUCAUCAUCGGCAACAACAUGAGACGUCCACAUGCACUUCUCCUUCCAUUUCCUGCACAAGGUCAUGUCCUCCCACUCAUGGAGCUCGCCUACCUCAUGGCCUCUCAAGGCUUCAUCAUCACCUUCAUCAACACCCACUUCAACCAUGCACGUCUCCUCUCCUCCACCAGUACACCAUCUUCAAUCAACUUCAUUUCAAUCCCUGAUGGCAUGGAACCUGAAGAUGACCGCAAUGACAUCGCCAAGUUAUGCCAUGCACUAAUGACAUUCAUGCCUCUCCAUCUCCGCCAACUCAUUAACACUAUGAAUAUCCAAGAAUCCGAUAAACCGCCGUGUUUCAUCGCCGACGAAGGCAUGGCCUGGGCUUUGGAUGUCGCCAAGACAACCGGUCUUCGUUCCACCGUCUUCUGCCCUGCCUCCGCCAACACCUUCACCAACAUGAGGAGUGUCCCUUACCUCAUUGAACAUGGCAUCAUCAAUGAACAGGAUGGGUCUGCAAUGAAACCUGGACAAGUUUUCUUAUUAAGUCCAGGGAUACCUCCAAUGAAUGUUGAUAAUCUUUCUUGGAAUUGUUUCCUUGAUUCUGAAUCCAAUAAGAUUAUAUUUCAAUAUGUUGUUAAUAACAACAAGGCAUUGAAGCAUGCGGAGUUCGUCAUCUUCAACUCAUUUUAUGAAGCGGAAAAGGCGGUUUUCGACUACUUAAACUCUUGCAAGAUGCUACCCAUUGGCCCAUUGAUCUCCAAGCAUAGUUCUUCUGUAUCUCUUUCAAGAUGCUUUUGGGCUGAAGACAAGACUUGCAAGAGCUGGCUCGAUGAACAAUCUGAUAAUUCUGUUAUUUAUGUGGCUUUUGGUAGUUUGGCAAUUAUUGAUGAAAUGCAAUUUCAAGAACUUGCUUUAGGGUUAGAGCUCACUGGCAGGCCUUUUUUAUGGGUGAUCAGGCCAGAUAUAACAGGAAAGGCCACCACCCGCUUGCCGGAAGGGUUCAGUGAUCGUAUCCGGGGAAAGGUUGUUGAGUGGUCUCCUCAGCAGGAGGUUCUUGCACACCCUGCAUUGGCUUGUUUCAUUACUCACUGUGGAUGGAACUCAAUAAUGGAAGGUAUGAGCAAUGGCAUGUCAUUUCUUUGUUGGCCUUACUUUGCUGACCAACAUUUGAAUCAGAGUUAUAUCUGUGAUGUCUGGAAGACUGGAUUGAAGAUGAUGCCUGAUGAGAAUGGUUUGAUCACAAAGGAGGAGAUUAGAGGUAAGGUGGAAGAGUUGGUUGGUGAUGAAGGAAUGAAGAAGAGGGCCCUUGCUUUGAAGGAAAUGGCCAUGAAGAGUGUUGACAAAGGAGGGUCUUCUUUUGAGAAUUUUAUCACUUUCAUUAAAGUUAUGAAAGAUGAUGUUUAGUGGCUAGCUUAUUAUUUGGUAUUUCUUAAUUUUGUUCGUAAAUCAUAUCAAUUGUUCAUCAUUAUCAUUAUCAUCUUCUA